UUUCUCCAUUAUUAAGGAUAUUAUUGAAGACACUGAUAUUCAAAUUUGAGAUUAUAGAUUUCUCCACACUUUAUACUAGUGUGUGACUAGAUUACUGGACCCAAAAAAAUUUUGCCCACGGCCUUUAUAAUGCUACAAUUAGUAGAAAAUUUCAAUAUCUAAACUAGUAAAUUAGGUGUUCCUCCUUCUCUUGUAUUCUUAUCAUGAAAGCCUUUGCCUUAAUAAUCCUCAUAUUUUCCAUCACCGCUAUAUCAACAUUGGUCACUCGCCCUCAACCUCAAAUCAAUCUUUCUUCCAUGCUUAAUCAUACCCAGCAACAAAUUAAUGAGACUAGAUUGAUCGGUGGUAAGGAUGGAUACAGUGGUAGAUGUGAUUACCUAAUCACCAUAAAAACAAGUUGUGAUUCUCCAACAUAUACAAAAGAUGAAAUCAGUCUUUUAUUUGGAGACGUUCAUGGCGCUGAGCUAUUUUUCCCAAGACUAAAUAAUCCAAAAAUUGGGACGUUCAAUAAGUGUGACACAAUGUCAUUUGCAGCACAAGCAACUUGUAUAGGAAAAAUAUGCAGAUUGGAUCUAUAUAGGAAUGGAACAGAUGGUUGGAUUCCAGAGUCUGUCGCUAUAUAUGACUAUAGUUAUCCAUCUGUUAUAUUUAACUACAACAAUGGCUACAAUUUUUGUGGUUAAGUUUAGUACGUAGUUUUUUUUUCUAAUCAAGUUUAGUGUUACAUUCCUUUAAAUGAUAUUUUUUUUUUCUUUCAAUUGUAUCAUAUAAGUUGACAUUUUCUACUUUAUAUAUAGGGCAAC